AUGUCUUCAGGUAUUCAAUCAUUAUUGAAGACAGAGAAGGAUGCGGCCGAAAUAGUAAAUGAGGCAAGAAGAUACAGAACCAGUCGUUUAAAGUCGGCAAAGGCUGAUGCUCAAAGUGAGAUUGCUGAAUACAAGAAGCUGAAAGAGGCUGAACUUCAGUCAUAUGAAAAGGAGCAUGCUGGGUUGAAUGAAAAGAUCGACAAGGAAGCAGACGCUGAAGUUCAAAAGGAGUUGGCAGCUAUCAAAAGUAAAUACGAGGAAAAGAAGACUUCUGUUGUCAAGCUCGUCGUAGACGGUACGAUCAAACCUGCUCCAGAGUUACAUGUAAACGCCAAUUGA